AUGAGCAGAGGAAGCCCUUGUUCAGUUUCGUUACAUGCGUUUGUCAAUAUGGCAACUGCCGCUGGCGCUCUGCGCCUGAAGGAGUUAUUCGACGGUGCCGUUGGAAAUCUGAUCACGGAUGACAACCCUUGCGAAACGGAUAGAAGCUUGGUGCAGGGUCGAAGCGCAGACGUCAAGCAUUACGGGAACGCACCUGCCAUGCACAAAGUGGUGCCAGAUGAGUUCAGGCCCGCGCUCUUGCAGAACGGGCAGCAGCAGCCUUUUCCAGAGCCCACCGCGGCCCUCAAGCAGCUCAGGUCCUACCAGACAAAGGAGAAGGCGCAGGAGGACCCGAAGAUUUCAAUUGAUUCAGAUUUCGUGGUGAUGCGGUAG